AUGGGAACAUGUAUAGCGAAUAAUGUAAAAACAUCAGAAGAUUACAUGAAGAAUUAUUAGAAUUAAAAAUAAUUUACCUAUCAAUAAAGGUAGUAAGUUUCUUUGGAAGAAGAACCAAUAAAUCUCUUUAACAUCGAGGUUGAUUUGGAUCAUCCAGUUUUCACUUUGCAUCAAUUUGAUCCAUCAUUAACAAGGGAUGUCUAUUAAAGUGAUUUGGCAUCAGAUGUAAAUUUGAACUUGCAUUCCGAUAACUCGAAAUAAGUGUAGAGAUUGAAAUUGGAAAAUCCGAAAGAAUUCAAAAGGGUUUUUAAGGAACUCAGAAGCUAAUGUUAUUCGCUUUAAAAUUAUAUCUUACCAAAUAUCAGCAUAGAAUAUAGUAAGAAUGAUUAUUAUAUGGUGAGCCCAAUUAUAAAUAAUAAUAACACUAAAGAGGAUAUCAAUGGUAUUAUACGCCAAGUAGUCGAAUACAAUGGCAAAUCCUUAAUCAACAUGGUAAGAUCGGAAAGUAAAUACGUUGCAAUCUAUUGCAUGAUAAUAUUGAAUGAAAACAUAAGAUUUAUAGAUUCCUUAUAAGAUUACAAUUUAAAUAAACACAGCAAGAUCUAAUAGGGAAAUAUGAAUUUUUAUCAGAUACUGGACAAUUAAGUUCAGAAUAGCCAUCUUCCUAAUUAUUUCCAUGGUAAUUACAUAUGUGAAUUGCUGAUCUAAAAAAGUAAGAGAAAACCAAAUUUGAUGUAAUUGAAGAAUGAUUUAAAUGAUGGUUUAUACUUACUUAGUUAUUAGGCACUAAAGGAGCAUAUGAAAAGAAGAUUCAUGAAACAGUACCAUUUAUGGUCAAGCUUUUGUCUUUCCGAUAAUAGAAAUAAACCUUUCUUUGCAUGUGCUAUUUUGGUGAAUUAUUUGAAGAAGUAGCAUUCUGAUUUAAAUAUAGAGGAGGAGUUGAGAAGAAUAUCAAAAGGUGGAACCAUGUAUUUUACAUUCGAUAGAAUAAAAUGCUUGGAUUUGAAAUAUCAAUUAUCAUAGGAAGAAUUAAAUUAUGUGCUUUCAUCUGAAAUAGUUAAAGAUGUCAUCUAAGUAAGUCUCUCAAAUGCCAGAAUCUUGAUGCAAUUUUUAGAAGAAAAGUUCUCAAUUAAAAUCAAAGAUAAAAUUCGACUCAUAGGUAACAUCGACUCUCAUUACUUCACAUCCAAAGCAUUUUGUAAUAACUAUAAUUUUGUGGAAUCCUUUUAAACUAAGACUGAACCACUAAUGUCAAUGAGAGAAAAGGCCUAUGACUGGUUGGCCAGGAACAAUCAACAAACAUCUUAUGAAUUGUAUUUACCGAGCAUAUUUUAUAACUUAAAGAAUGUUAAAUUUUACAUCCCCAAUUCUUUCGUUUUAUCAUAAUGGAUUGAGUAUUUAAAGGAGAUUGAUUGUCAGAGUGUUAUACAGGAUGCAAAUUUAUUGAUGUAAAUUUAAAAUUCAGAUUUCGUGAUGGAAACACAGAACUAUGAUUUAAUUUAAUAUCAAUUGUUUGAUGCUCUACUCAAAGGAUAUUAUUUGGAGAGUCAAUUUCAGGGGAAUUAAGAAAGUCAAAGGUUUUAUGAAAUUGCUAUUAAAAUAUCUCGGUAAUGCUUUGGAGACUUCAGAAAUAGAGGAAGUAUUUUAUAUCCAAUUGAAGCUUUUUGUUGGCAUCGAUUAUCAGUUUUUACCUCUCAAAAUGGAGAUGUUGAUUAUCUGAGUGUGAUUCAAUAUUUCUUUUCUCAAUUCAUCCAAAUUCCAUUGCCUUGCAACAAUAUCCAAUGCCAUAACUACAAAAACAAGGAUUUAAUUCAAGUAUUGAGAGCCUCAAUAAAAGGGUUCAUGUUGUAUGAUUGGUUAUUUAAAAGAUUCAACGAACUCUAAGGUGAAAAUAUUCAAUCAUUUGAGCCGUAAUUUUGUUAUCAGCCAGGACAAAUCAUACUAUGGGGAUUUAAUUAGAAUUAUUAAUUAGGAUAGAUGUAUUAAUUGAAAUACAGAAUUCCUAUUUCUUUAAAGAGUGAUGUGAUGUUUGUAAAAAUGGCAUGUGGAUACAAACACACAAUGGCAAUAAGCAAUAUGGGUAAAGUAUAUUGUUGGGGUAACAAUGAGGAUGGCAAAUGUGGCAAGCAAUCUGUAAUCAAGUAUGUUGAUUAUCCUCAUCUAAUUGAGAGUUCAUUUGAUUGCAUUUCAAUAGAGUGUGGACAUGACCAUUCUGUUUAUGUUAAUUCAAAAGGAGGAGUUUAUUCUUGGGGAUGUGGAGAGGGAGGUUUGUUAGGAAACAACACUGUGAUAUCAACUCACAUUCCUCAAUAGGUUAUGAUUCCAGGUCCUUGUAAACAGAUGAAAUGCGGUGGAUUACACAAUGCUGCCAUAGUUGAGGAUAGAUUAUACGUUUGGGGAAGAGGAGACGGAGGCUAAUUGGGAUUGCCACUUGAAUUAGGAAUGGAAAUAGCCAUUCCAACCAAGGUUGAGGUAGAAAAUGUGUAAGCAGUUGCAUGUGGUGAUGCUCAUACUAUAAUUUUGAAUAGUCAGAAAUAAGUUUAUGGAUGGGGUUAUAAUGAGUAGGGAUAGUUGGGUUUGUCUUUAGAUAUCACAAGUGUUGUAUAACCUACACUCUUAAUUGAGGAUGUUGAUUAAAUAUAUGCAGGAUCUUUGUAAUCAUACUUUCUGAAGGAUGGGAAUCUGUAUGGAUGUGGUUGUAAUGAUGAUGGCCAAUUGGGAAUAGAUACCAAUGCAGAAUAAAAAGGGAUUCAGCAGAUCCUUAAUUACAAGGUUGAGAGCAUAGCCAUUGGGUAGGAUCAUACACUAUGUUAAUCUUAAGGGAAGGUGUACGGUUGGGGAUUGAAUAAAUUUGGAGAAUUAUGCAAAUAAAGUCAGACCAAACCAACAGAGUUAUUCGCAUAUAAAGUACAAUCAAUUGGUUGUGGUGCCUAUCAUAGUGGAGUCGUAAUAUCUGGCACUGAAAAAUAUUCUGCGUAUAACAAUGAAUAUGAUUAUAAAAUAUAAUUAAUCGAAUGA